CAGUCUACACGUGGGGUCUGUGUAAACCACGCACGCAGACUCAAGCAGCGGCGCAGAAAUGGCGGCCGAUCUAGGCAGCUCUUCGCUGCAAUUACCCUGCGUAUUUUCACCUAAAUCACGACAGUACUUAGCGCUGUGUGCCCAGGAUGGCAGACUUCGCAUUUGGAACACAGAUAGCAAAACACUUCACCAAGAAUACGUGCCUUCAGCCCAUUUGAGUGCCACCUGUAUCUGCAUAGCCUGGGGACCAUGCCGGACAGUCAAGGAGGGACCUCAGAGGAAGAAGAGGAAAUCGGAGGCAGUGCAGGUGGAGGAGAAGGCAGACCUGUUGGCGAUGGGCACAGCAGCGGGCAGUGUCCUUAUCUACAGUACAGCAAAGGGAGCACUGCACUGUACACUGGAUGGAGGCCACAGUGGGGGAGUGAACUGUGUCCAGUGGCACCCUGAAGACAGUUUAUUAUACAGCGGCUCAGAUGAUACUAACAUUGUAGAGUGGGACCUGCAGACCGGCAAGGCGAGAAGCAAGUGGAAGGCGGACCGUGCAGCAGUGACCAGUUUGAGUGUGAGCCCUGAUGGAAAACUGCUGCUGUCAGCAGGUCAGGUCAUCAAGAUGUGGGACUUGGACACCAAGGAGAUUUAUAGGAAGUUCACAGGCCACUCCUCUGCGGUGACGACCCUACGCUUUGCCACCACACGACCUCCGGACAGCAACGGUCUCUACUUCCUGUCCGGUGCUGCACACGAACGGCUGCUCAGUGUUUGGCAAGUACGGCAAGAUGGAAAGGACAAGAACUCAGUGGUGUCCUUCACACUGACGGACGAGCCCAAACACAUCGACCUCGUCCAGUCUAACAGCAAGGAAGAGGCGGUGAGGCUGGCAGUGGUGUGCAAGGAUGGGCAGCUGCAUCUGUUCGAGCACUUUUUAAAUGGUCCCUGUAAGAAGCCGCUGUCCCCUUCGUGUUCGGUGCAGAUGUCAGACACAAAGGACUCCCCGAUGCCGAUCCCAAUGCUGGCUGCCGCCCUCACAGCCGACACUCGGGCCGUGCAGCUGGCCUACGGGAACCACCUGCAACCUGUGAUGGAGAGAGUGGAGAUCAAUACCGCAGAGAGACACAUCUGUCUGACCCGGGAUGUUCAGACCAGCUUGUCCCUUACCAUGGAGACCAGCGUUUCCAAGGUGAAGACUCCUAUUGUCAACAACAAGAGCAAAGUGCUGGUGCCAGGGCUGCCUGGUCACCAAGCCCCAGUCAAAGGAACAUCAGAGAAGAGGAAAAAAGACACAGACACCAAAGAGAUGUCAAUAGCAGAGCGGCUCGGGGAAAUCGAUCUCUCUACAGUCUCCGCCGAGAAAGGGGCUCCUAAAGGGACGGCCUCUCUACAGACAGACAAUUUUGCAGUGCUGCUGGUGCAGGGCCUGGAGAGUAGCGAUGAUAGCAUCCUAAAUAAAGUUUUUCAGACUCGUAAAGAGAUGGUGAUCAAGAAAACGGUUGCUCGGUUACCCCUCCCUGCAGUCUUACCCUUGGUGGAAGAGCUCACAAAGAGGCUCCAAGGGCACCCUUUCACGGCUGUUCUAAUGGUGCGGUGGCUCAAGGCUGUGCUCAUGCACCACACAUCAUACCUGGCAUCGCUGCCAGACCUGGUUACCCAGCUGGGAGUGCUUUAUCACAUGAUCGAGAGCAGAGUGAAGAUGUUCCACAAGCUGACGAAGCUGCACGGGAAGCUGUACCUCCUCAUGACACAGGUGGCGACCAGUGACAGCAGCAACACAGUGAUAGAUGUUGACCACACAGCUAAGCUGGUGUAUGAAGAAGAAUCAUCUGACGAGGAUGAGGCCUCUGGUGACGAAGCUCUUCCCGAUGACGAGGACUCUGAUAACUGGGAAGAGGACGAGGUGAUAGAGGAGAAGAUGGAGGAACAAGCAGACGAGGAAGAGUGCGACCCAGACAUCAGGAGAGACUCCAAAGCGAACGGAGAGGAAGACAUGGAGCACGGGAACGAGAGCGAAGAGGAGUGAGGCGCGGAACGAGAAACACACGAUCAUACACAAAACGGACCUGAAAGAGUUAUAUAUACUUUCAUUUUAUUUUCUUCGCUUUUGGUUUUAUUAUCUGAACCAAAUGUGGUUUUACAAAAAAAAAAAAAUCAAGGGACAUAUGGUGUUGAAACGUGGGAGGCCCAGACCCCCCGCCCCCUCCUUCCACCUCCCUGUCUUUUCAUCGGAGGAACAGAUGCAGCUGAAACAUUCUGCAGAAUAACAGUUGAUGCAAGUUCCCUCAGUCUGCAUCCCAGCUCUCACAUCUUCAUUCAUAGAGACUGAAAAUAUGAUUGGCCGGUGUUCCAUUUUGCCUAAACUGCAUUCCAAAUUUUAUGUUAUGUAAUAAAUAGUUAUUAGAGUAUAUUGUAUGAGCAGCUUUACAGUACAAAAGACUGAUGGGUUUAUUCUCAGAACUCUGGAACCCGCCUUACAGACUCAAACACAGCGCAGGGUGGAGCUGGGAUCCAGGCUGGUUGUUGUACAGAAGACUGCUACAUCAUGUCCCACACAAUGUAAAUCUGUAUGUACAGUGAAGUGUUUGUAUGAGCUCUUCCCUCUACACUUAACUCCCCCUCCCCAUAAAUGCUUGGGAUUAAAUGCUCUCCUGUAAA